UCAACGACUAACUGAGGCUCCCCGCGGGGUACAUUCCGGGGUACGAUCGGCAACGACAUGACGAAGUCAUGAUAAAUUUUGUAUAUGAAUGAACAGCUAUCCCCAUGGCAUGAUGGUAUCAAGCUCUCAGGCGCAAGCAUCAUCAUCCACUUCCUUCCCUGAGUCAACUCAAUCUUCAACGCAAGCAAUGGCGAACCUUUCUGGUGGAAAGCCAGAGUCUGAACCCCCCAAGGCGCAGCUAGAAUUUGCGGAAGACAUUGAGGCUUCAAGGACCUCGAGCAAGGAGCACCAUAAUGUCGAUCGCGUGUGGCUCACAGAGGAAGACAACAAGAAAAUUUGUCGCAAGACCGAUAAAGUGAUCCUUUCGAUUCUUGUUUGGGUCUACUUUCUCCAAAUCUUGGAUAAAUCUGUCUUGGGUUACGGAAGCAUAUUUGGUCUGCAGGAGGAUACCCAUCUCAAAGGCAACCAAUACUCCUUGGUCGGAUCGAUAGCACCUAUUGCUCAAUUAGCAUGGCAACCAUUCUCGUCCAUUCUUAUCGUGAAGGUUCCCCACCGAAUAUUGAUGCCAGCAAUGAUCCUGGGCUGGGGUAUUGCUCAAACAUCCAUGGCUGCUUGCCAUAGCUAUUCCGGCCUCCUUGCCACUCGAUUCUUCCUCGGAUUAUUUGAGGGCGGCUGUCUACCCCUCUUCAGCGUCAUCACCAACCAAUGGUAUCGACGCGCUGAACAGCCUAUUCGAGUCGCAGCCUGGUACGGUACAAAUGGAAUGGCUACAAUUAUUGCAUCGGCACUGUCUUUUGGACUGGGACACAUUCCUUCAGAGACGCUCAAAUCUUGGCAAAUCAUUUUCCUCUUCGUUGGUCUCGUGACAAUUGUCACUGCUCCUUUUGUUUACUGGAAGCUCGAUAACGAUGUCGCCACCGCACGAUUCUUCGACGAAACCGAGCGAGCUCAGGCUGUUGAAAGACUGCGAGCCAAUCAAACUGGUAUCGGUUCCCGGGAGUUCGAAUGGAGUCACGUAUGGGAAGUGUUCCUUGAGCCGAAGACCUAUCUCUGGUUUAGCAUGGCGCUUUUGUUAAACGUGGGAGCUUCGGUCACCAACACUUUCGGGCCAUUGAUCUUGAAGGGACUUGGAUUCGACAAGUACAUCACUUCGCUGUUGAACAUGCCUUUCGGUGCCGUCCAAUUGAUCAUCAUCUUGAUCGCAUCUUACGCUGCUCAGAAAGCCCGUCUCAAGGCACCAGUUCUUGUCGCCUUGGUUGUUCCAGUUGUUGCAGGCCUCGCUAUGCUUUAUGCAAUUCCAAGAUCCGACACUGCUGGUCUUCUCGGAGGAUACUACCUCCUUGCUUUCCUCUUCGGAAGCAAUCCUCUCAUCGUUUCAUGGAUCAUUGGUAAUACAGCUGGAACAACCAAGAAGUCCAUCAUCAUGUCGCUUUACAACGCAGGAUCCUCAGCAGGAAAUAUUAUCGGACCUCUUUUGUUCAACGCCAAAGACGCGCCACAGUACCUGCCUGGUCUCCGAGCUGUUCUCGGUAUCUUUGUCGCGCUUGCGAUCAUCAUUUUGUUACAGCUUGCAAACUUGAUGUUCUUGAACAAGAUGCAAGCCAAGAAGCGAGUGUCGAAUGGCAAGCAGGCUGUCAUUCACGAUGCGUCGAUGGAGGACCACUAUGUUCCUGUGGACACAACUGCAGGAGUUGGAGAGCAUGCAUUCGACUUGACUGAUCGCAAGAACGAUGAGUUUGUAUAUAUUUACUGAGGUGUACAUAUCUACUGAGGGACGUGAUGGAAAAUGGUCCUUGAUGGCACGCUGUAUAUAUGAUUUAUGAAAUUAUGAUUAUG